UCCAUCGGUUCUCCCACCUCCGUUGCGGAGUUCGUUCGACUUCAUGUCAUAAGAGAAAAAGAAACAGUUUCGCCAUAAUAGUAUCUUACGCUCGAAAACAAAUCCUUGCAACCUUACUUUUUUUAAGCUUUCGGCGCAUUAGUCUACCCGAAUUUCUAAUAAGGCUUGCCAAUUCCAAACAUUUGGUCUGUUGAUCGUCUAUCGUGCCACCCAUCAACGAUGUCGGCCCCAGCGGCGCCACAACCCUCAGCCUCCCUAGAGGCUGUCGAGAUACCGGACGAUGUCUCUAUGACGACAUCCGUGGAUGAGGAAAGCGAGCUCGAGUCCGACGGCGAGGAGUCGGACCUAGACUCGUCUCUGGGCGCUGAAGUGCAACCUUCCACAAUGUCUCUGCGCAGCAGCAUACUCCGUUACCGAGAGGAGAAUGGCCGCACAUACCACGCCUACAAGGAUGGUGCCUAUCUCUUUCCUAACGACGACCUCGAACUCGAUCGCUUAGACCUCCAGCAUAACCUAUGUCUACUCACCCUCGGCGACAAGCUGCAUCUAUCCCCGUUGAGUAAAGACCAGCCACCGCAACGGGUUUUGGAUGUCGGUACAGGGACAGGCAUCUGGGCGAUUGACUUUGCGGACGAAAACCCCGGCUCGACUAUCAUCGGCAUAGACUUGAGCCCGGUACAACCUUCAUACGUUCCGCCUAACGUCUACUUCCAGAUUGAUGAUAUUGAAGACGAACCUUGGACAUUUUUACAAAAGUUUGAUUUCAUUUACAGCCGGAUGAACACGGGUGGUAUUAGAGACUUUCCCAAGUUGUUCCGGCAGUCAUUCGCAAAUCUUAACCCGGGAGGCUGGUUCGAGUGUGCCGACGGCGCGCAAGCCAUGUCUGAUGAUGGCACACUUACCAAAGAGUCCGCACUGUAUCAAUGGAACCAGUUUCUGUUCCAAGGGACAGGGGAGCGGGGGACACCGUUUGGUGGAGCCACACAUUACAAGCGACAACUUCGAGAGGCGGGAUUCGUGAAUGUGAAGGAGGUCGUCUUCAAAUGGCCGACAAACAGAUGGGCUAAGCACCCAAGGCACAAGGAGCUUGGUUCAUGGAACCACGAAAAUGUGAUGAUGGGGCUGGAGGGUCUCAGUGUUGGGCUAUUUACUCGGGUUCUUGGAUGGUCAAGGGAGAGCGUUGAUGUUUUCCUUGCCGAAGUUCGAAAGGAUUUGAGCAACACGGCGAUCCAUGCAUACUGGCCAGUUCAUGUCGUAUACGGACAAAAGCCAUCAUAGCGAUGGCGUUGCAUUAUUUGAUCACGAUUUACGCCACUUCCGCAUUCUUUCAGCUGGAGUUGUAUCAUGACGGCAUUCUCCAUGCAUGAGAUUUUCCUGAAGCACAUUUAUCUGUAUGUACGGAUAUAUACGAUGAUCCUUCCAGCUCUUUACCACUGUUGCUCUCGAUUGUCACCACUCAGACUACAUAAAACAAGGAUAUCUCAUGUUAAAACGCUUGUGAACCUCAUAGUCGCGCUUGCUGCUCUAAUCAAUAUUGCUAACCCUCUGAGACUG